ACCCGCGACUUCCCGCGCAGGGCCCGGCCCGACAAUGACUAGCUGCCUCGGCGGCGUUGGAGGAUGCGGCCGCGGCCCCGGAUAGCAGCAGUGGAAAGCCGGGCGUGUUGCAGGUCAGCAGUGCAAUAGCAGGGGCCAGGAGGCCCAGAAGCCUUCACAGUGAUGGCAGAGAAGCGGCCACUGGGGACCCUGGGCCCUGUGAUGUAUGGCAAACUGCCCCGCCUAGAGGAUGACCCGGGGCCUGGGCACAGCCUGCCCCCCUCUGCUGGCAGCCAGGACCCUUGCAGCUACAAGGGUGCCUAUUUUUCUUGUCCCAUGGGGGGUGCUCCUAAGGCCGGGUCUGACCGACUGGCAUCCUGGACCCCUUACCCACCCAUGUACCCCACCAGCAUGGCAGGACCCCCACUUCGGGCAGACGGUCUGUUGUCCAACUGCCUGCUCUACCGCCCACUGGCAGACGGCUCUGAGAAGGGGCAGGACUCCAGCCCUGUUGGGCUCCUGCCAUACAGUCCCCGGGCUCACUCCUACCCAGGCCCACCACUGGCAGCGCCAAAACCUGUCUACCGCAACCCUCUGUGUUAUGGGCUCUCGACUUACCUGGGAGAAGGGGCAGCCAAGAGGCCGCUGGAUGUUGACUGGACAUUGGUAACUGGGUCCCUGCUCCCCCCUGCUGACCCACCCUGUUCUCUGGCCCCAGCUCCUGGCAAAGGCCAGCCUCUGGAUGCUACCUUCUUGCACGGGGUACCAACUGGGGGAUCUGGCAAAGACUCCUCCAUGAGCUUCUCUCCAUGCCAGGCAUACCUGGACAAGUAUCGGACCAUCCACAGUACAGGCUUCCAGGCCUCUAAAUAUGCAGGUCCGUACUCUGGGGACCCCAAGCAGGCAGUGCCUGAGGGCCCCCCUAGUCCUUGGACCCAGCUGGCCCAACCUCUGGGACCAGCCUGCCAGGAUGCAGUGCCCACCCAGUACCCCCUGCCUCAUGCUGCACAGGCCCUGCCUUGCCCACCAGCCUGCCGCCACCCAGAGAAGCAGGGCAGCUAUAGCUCAGUGCUCCCGCUGCAGCCUCUGGGAGCCCACAAGGGGGCUGGGUACCCACCUGGUGGCCUGGGCAGCCCUUACCUGAGGCAGCAGGCAGCCCAGACACCCUAUGUGCCCCCAGUGGGGCUGGACACUUACUCCUACCCCUCUGCCCCCCUCCCGGCACCCUCACCAGGCUUCAAGCUGGAGCCACCUCUUGCUCCACGGUGCCCACUGGACUUUCCCCCCCAGACGCUGGGCUUUCCUCAUGCCCGAGAUGACCUCUCUCUCUAUGGGGCGUCCCCAGGACUCGGAGGGACACCACCUUCCCAGGACAGUGUGCGGGCUGUGCCUCAACCCAGUGCCUUCCAGCGGGCAUGCCAGCCUUUCCCUGCCAGCCAGCCACGCUUAGAGCCCAUGGGGCUCACAGGGAAACCAGUGCAGGCAGCUGAGGAGAGGACAUGGCUCCCUAGCUGCAGGAAAGAGCAGCUCCAGCCCCGGCUCGACGAGCACCCCAGGGCACCUAUUGUCAUCCGAGACAGUCCAGUUCCCUGCACGCCACCAGUGCUGCCCCCCUGUGCCCAGGAGCAUCAGUCCCUCCCGCACAAUGAGGGCUCGAGUCCACCCAGCUCUCCACCCAUGCCCAUUAUUGACAAUGUCUUCAGCCUGGCCCCCUACCGUGACUACCUGGAUGUACAGGCACCUGAGGCCACAUCUGAGCCUGAUCAAGUCCCAGCCACCAACGAGAGCCAUGAUGAAGACUGUAAAGGGACCCUGCCUGCCCAGCAGGCUCCCCUGGGGACACACUGCUCACUCAAGGAGGAAGUGGCACUGGACCUGAGUGUGAAGAAGCCUGUGACAGAGACGUCCCUUGUCAAGGUCCCUAGUCCUGUGGUGCAUGCCAAGCCGACAGAUUUGCUGGAUAUUGGGAACACAGUCACAGGCAUGCCAGGUGUGGGUAACACAGCAUUGGAUCUGCCUGGUGCAAAGAGCACAGUCUCAGACGUGCUGGGCGGGAGGAACACAGUCUCGGAUCCACCAGGUCUGAAAAAUCUAGUCACAGAGGCACCCGGGCUGCCUGGGGCACCAGUGACCGCGGAGGCCACACCAAGGACCAACUUCCAAAGCUCCGUGGCCUUCAUGUUCCGAAAAUUCAAGAUCCUCCGGCCAGCACCCUUGCCUGCAGCUGUGGUCCCAUCUGUGCCCACCUCAGCCCCUGCCCCAGCGCCACCAGUACUCACCCCGACAUCUGUGCCCGUUGGAUUGCAGAUUCUCACCCAGCCCUUACCUGUGGCCUGCUUCAACCUGGCACUGCCCAGCCCUCCAGCCUUAGCCGUGGCCUCCCCUGCUCCUUCACCUGCUCCGGCUCCAGCUCCGGCUCCUGCUCCAGCUCCUGGUCCUGCUCCAGCUCCAGCUCCAUCACCUGUUCCCGCCUCAGCUUUGACUCCUGCUCCAGGCCCUGCUCCCGGUUCUACUCUAGCCCCAGCCCCACUGGACUCCGCAGAGCAACGCUUUGCAGGGCUGCACGCAUCCCUGUGUGACGCCAUCUCGGGCUCAGUGGCCCACUCCCCACCCGAAAAGCUGCGUGAGUGGCUUGAGAUGGAUGGGCCUUGGGGCCGGGCAGCAUGGCAGGACUGCCAGGGUGUGCAGGGGCUGCUACGCAAGCUGCUGUCACAGCUGCAGAACUUCGUAUGCACGCAUCAAUGCCCCUUCCCCCAUGUGGUGAGAGCCGGCGCCAUCUUCGUGCCCAUCCACCUGGUGAAGGAGCGGCUCUUCCCGCGGCUGCCCCCUGCUUCUGUGGACCACGUGCUGCAGGAGCACCGUGUGGAGCUGCGGCCUACCACGCUGUCAGAGGAGCGGGCUCUGCGGGACCGAGCCCUGCACGGCUGCACCUUGCGCAUGCUGAAGCUGCUGGCCCUGCGCCAGCUGCCUGACAUCUACCCUGACCUGCUGGACCUGCAGUGGCGUGACUGCGUACGCCGGCAGCUGGGUGACUUUGACACUGAGGCUGGAGCUGUGCCCCCCUCAGAACCCACCAUGGCAAGAGAGGAGCCAGAGAGCCUAGCCUUGGCUCAGAAGUCACCAGCCCCCAAGGCCAGGAAGCCAGGGAAGAAGCCGCCAACUCCUGGUGCAGAGAAGGCAGAGGCAGCCGCUGGGGGAGGGUCCUCUGGUGGUGCCUCACCUACACCAGCUGCCAGCGCCAGCCCACCCAGCCCCACGCUGAGGACCCGCUUCCGCAACCUGCUGGAGACCGCCUGGCUCAAUGGCCUGGCACUGCCCACUUGGGGCCACAAGGCCUCAGGACAGGACCGGCCCUCGCCCCGCCCCCAGCUGUUGGGAGGCCAGAGCAACCCCCUGUAG